UCCUCGGGGGGGCGGGGCGGCCCUUUGGAGGCAGUGGGAGGGAGAGGGGUCGGUGAGAGGCGGUGAGACGCAGUCCUACGGGGUGAUGGUCGCCGGGCUGCCGGCUGGAAGUCACCUCAUUCAAGCGUCGAGCCCUGUUGUUCAACAGCCUGAUCGAAACAUCUUGUGCUCACUCUUUGCUUUGGCAUGGAGGGAAGCAGAUCAGAAACUUCUGCAGCUGACAUGAGUGAGGAGGUAACGUAUACUUCUGUCAGAUUCUCUCAGGCUUCUCCGCCAAGGGCCAAAGCUUCACAGGAAAAAAGAGCUCCCCAUCUGUGGUCAGCGGCUGUGCUGGGCUUGGCUAUAGGCUUUGGGAUAUUGAGCACCUCCCUAGUGAUUGCUUUGAUUUGGAAGAUGAAUGGAUCCUACCCACACUGCCCUGAAGAGUGGGUGGCCUACAGAGGGAGCUGCUACUCCUUCUCCAAGGAGGAGAAGGACUGGAAUUCCAGCCAGGUAUCUUGCUGGUCACAGGGAGCUCACCUCCUGGUCAUCAGUGAUACCUGGGAAAUGGAUCUGUUCAAGCAUAUUCAAACAGAAUGUUUCUGGAUUGGAUUGAGGAACAGCACAAGCUCUGGAUGGAUUUGGGAAGAUGGCUCCAUAUCCAAUUACACCAAGGUCCUCUCUAACAGCCAUGUGCAACACUGUGCUGUCCUGAUGAAAGGUCGUUUUCAUGCCUCCAGCUGUGAAUUUCGUGCUCCAUGGAUCUGUGAGAAAUCGCUUAGAUAAAUCCUAUGUACAUUUUCAUCUCGUAACGAUCUCAUCAAUGGUAUGAAUUGAUCAUUGUCCUGCAAACCAAAGCUUCACACAAGAGCAAUGACUUGCCUUUUCCAUACCAUCACAAAGGUGAUUUGCCCAUAAAUGUAAGUUAUCUUCAGUGGUAGAUCUGUUCUCAGUCCACAUGUGUUAGAUUGCUGCUGUUUGUAACCAAGUGAGACCUUGGACAUAUUCCCUGGCCUAGUCUUUCCCUAUUUGUCCUGUAAGAGCAAACAAAAGCUUUAUCACAACAGAUGUCUUCAGAUCUUUGAGGGUGAGCUAUCAAUUUUCCUUCAAUUUUGAGGAUCAGAUUUCAUUUCCAUUCCCCGCAUCUCCAUUGUCUGAUAUCAGAAGGACUGGAAAAAUGAAGCCUGAUGUUCACUGGCAGAAACAUAUAAACAGAUUUUCCCAGUGGCAGCCUCUCCUUUUGCAUCCCAGUGCUAUGAGUGGGAGAAAAGAGGGUGAAGUGCAACUACAGCUUCUGUAAAUCCAGCAGAGAAAAUAAACCUCUAGUACUGCACUGGACCAAAAGCGUGUACCUGUGCCAUUACUUCUCUCUGUUGGAAGGAACUAGUUGCAGGCCAUGUUUUAUAGGCCAACUUUAACCAAACUAGUCAAGACACAGGAGUCAAAGGUAUACAGUUAAUUGCGUGAAACUGAAUCAACCAAGAAAUUGUUUUCCUCUCCACUUCUGCACUUUCACACUGCAGAGAGAGGAAGCAGUGGACAAAUCCUUAAUAAAAGGAACUUUCAGUUCAAAUAGAGCAGAGCCAGGCUCAGAGUUUGAACAGCAUAAAACCACAGUGAAUAUUAAGGAUUGGACAGUAGAUUGCAUUUCCGCACAGCUGGAAAACUUUUUUACACACAGAGAUUUUGUUCCAACAAAGGAAGAGAAAUUUUAUUAAUUUCCAAUUUAUCCUCUUUAUGGUAAUAUAUUUAUAUUUCAAUUUACUAUUGUCAAUUUAUCCUUGGUCAAGAAUUGCAGUCAGAGCAGUAAGUCUGAAAGGACUGCCUGAUGGUGGAUGGUCCUGAUGCAAAGUUACUGCUAUUACCCAGUCUGAAGGUUUGACUGACAUACAGGCUGCUGAGCCCAUAUGAAUGACCUCUGAAGCACACGCAGCAACCAUGGGCUGCUCUGAACAUCCACCUCACUAUGCAGAUAUGAUAUAGUGCACAGAAGUCUUUCCGUGGGGAUUUCCCAAACAGAAAGCCUUAAGCCUUGCCUUGGCGAGCAGCAGGUUCCUGGUGGAUGUUCUGAGGUGUGUGUUUGUUCUGGCAAAGACGGGCUGGAGAAAUGGGCUGACAGGAACCUUGUGAAGUCCAACAAGGAGAAUGUCAAAGUCCUGGAGCUGGGAAGGAACAGCUCCAUGCACCAGUACACCAUGGGACUGACCCACUUGAAAGGAAGCUUUGCAAAAAAUGACCUGGGAAUCCUUUUGAACAUCAGAAUGAAUGUGACCAGCAGUGUGCCCUUGCUGCAAAGGAGGCAAAUAAUGUCCUGGGCCACAUUAGACAUAAUAAUGCCAACAGGUUGAGGGAGGUGAUCAUUCACCUCUACUAAGCACUGGGGAGGCCACACUGGGAGCACUGUGUGCAGUUCUGAGCUUCUCAGUACAAGAGAAACAUGGACAUACUGGAGAGUCCAACAGAGGGCCACAAAGAUGAGGAAAGGACUGGAGCACAUCUCCAGGAUCUAUGAGGAAAGACUGACACAGCUGGAUGGUUUAUUCUAAAGCAAAGAAGGCUGAGGGGAGAUCUUAUUCAUAGAAUCAUAGAAGUACAACAACCAACUUUAGCAUUUCAAUUCAGACCCCAUACAGUUUACAUUUGCUUCAUAUUUUUAUUCUAAUUGGAAGGAAAUCCUUACCAGCUACCAGUGGCAUUAUCUUCCAUCUACUUAACAGGAUGUAACACAUGAAAGUGUCAAGGCAGAUGAAGACAAACAUAUGGAUCUUAGCAUACUCAGCUAAGUGGAUAUCUGCUGAGCCUCGUAUAGGGUUUACUGAGCUGAGAGUCUUAAGGUGGGAAUGUUUCCAGCAAGAGUGUGUCUGUUUAUGUGUGUGCCUGCAAUAUUAAGACCUGAGUAAACCGCAGUGUACUAGGAAGUGAAAACCUUUUUUCAUCUGGGAUUGUCUGGGUUACUUUGGGUGAGUCAUUUUGUCUGUGCUAAAAUCCAUUCAGCUAUCAAAAGAUGGUUGUCCCUGACUACUAGAAAGUUACGAGGUCCUACAAAAUAGUGAUGGAGACUUUGCCUACUUUGUCAAAAUGGUGGUGGCAUCUGCAGAAGGAAAGCUAAUAUUUACUUUACCAGAGAAUCCCAGAGAAGAAGCAGCUUCUUAUAUUAUCAUGACGUGUAGGCAAGGUGAGCGUGUCUCUGAGCUUGCGUAGUUUACCUUGUCAAUAAUGGAACAGCUUUGCUUCCCCUAGGAUUUUACGGUGAAGGGCAUAUUAUAAUUUAUUAUAUAAUAAUGAUUUAUUAUUUUAAGAUAUUAAUACGUUAAUCUUUAGCUCUUCAAAUGUGGGGUCUCAAUCCCAUCCCAAAGAGAUGCGCAGGAAAUGUAAGAUAAAUAAAUAUAUUAGGUUGCCUCAAAAGUUGAACAGUCUUUGAAGGGAAAGGAUUUUUAGCUGUGGAUUUUACUUUCAACAAAGCACGUAGCACCUCUCUGGGUUCAAGUUUUUGCAAUACUAAAGCAAU